UCAUGGAGUGACCAUAGUUACUAUCAAUAUGUCAAUUCAACUCUCUCUUCUUUUUAUGGUGCUCCUAGUGAAGUGUUAAUAGACACGUUUGAUUUUUUAUUUCUACGCAGCUACAAUCGGAUGCGAAGAAUCGAAUACAAUCGCGCAUUAAGUCGCUUGUUCCUCGAAAUAACAGUUUUCAAAAAUUCUUACAUGUCAUUGAGAAGCAUAAAGUUCGGAAAUAUAUAUUUUCGCAUUCGGGGAUACAUAAAAUAUAUUUCAUUAUUCGUGUGCAACUAUGGUAGCUUGUUAAAAGUAGCUAUAUUUUCGUCCCUUCGCGAAUUUUCGAGUAACUUGUCACUGUCGAGUAGCUAUUUUUCUAACUUUUUUUUACUUUUACAUAUUUGCAUUACGCGUGAAAUAUAUUUCGAAUUAAAGACGGGAUGAACCGAACGUAUCGACGACGACUUAUUGUUAAAUUAAUCGCGCGCGCAUUAUUUCUUUCGCGUGACAGUAGUCGUGACGCACGUUCAACGAAGCGCGAUAAUUCCUGGCAUAUAAUUGAAAUCAAUUAAUUCAAAACACUAAUAAAACGUAUCGCGGAAGUGUAUGUACUCUCUAUCUCCCUCUUCCCCCGCCAAAAAGUCGAUAAAUUCUCUCUCCCUCUUUUCUCUUUGCGCCGAGAUAUUCUUUGUUCGAUAAAUCAACGUCGAUUUCAUCCCUACGUGAGCAUCAAUUACAAGAUUCUUCUUGAGACAUUAAUUUAUUAUCGGGAAGAAACGUAAUCUCACAGGCGAUUGAUACACUCGUCGCUGACACGAAUAUAACACAAAAACAAUCGCCGGCUCUCUUCGUUAAUAAUAAAAAAAGGGAAGAAGAAAGAGUGUGCAUUCAAGCAGCUUUUGGCAGCAAUACGAAGGAAACGUCACCAGGGAUCGUUAUUAGGAAUUUCGCGACUGUUGCAAAAUACUUAAUCCUAUCUCUACCGAUUAUGCGGCCCGGGGAAAGAUAAACUGACGACGAGUCGCCGUCGAGGAUGGUGUUCUGGAACGAGUCGCGAUCGCACGCGUGCGACCACGACUCCCUGGGGAACGACGUGGUGACGGCACCGGGUGGUACAGGCUAGCAUCCUUAUCUCGGGGAGCCACACACUCUCUUUUUCUCUUUCUCUCUAUCUUUCUCGUCACACGCUCUUGUCGACGUCUUCUCAUCUGGAGGAUUCGACCACCAGUUGCAGUCUCGACACGACCCCUGACCGAUCGCGACGCGCAAAUCGACGUUUCCAAUCAUACGUCUUCCUUCGCGACACCGUCAUCGCGCGAGAUUUCAAGAGUGCAUUUAUUAUCAGUUUAUCAACAGUGUAAAAAUUUUGAUAUUUUGAAAUCGCGAGAUACCUUUCUCUUUAUUUGUCGAUCACUUUUAACAAAAGAAAUAUGAAAGAGAAAUGUGCCAUUAAAUUCUUAUGUAACACUCAAGACACUUUAUAACAUAAACAUUUCAUUAUCAAGAGACAACUUGGAAAUCGUAUGACAUCGUGACUGUCUAAUACGAGUGAACCUUUAACUUGACGUUUAAAUAUACCACGAACAAUUACAUUAAAUUACAUUAAAGUUUGCUUUGUUAGGCUCACGCGAAUCGUGUGAUGCGGUGAUUGAUAAACAAAUACUUAUAUUAUGAUAUCGGGAAUAGAUUCUGAAUCCAGUUUCAGAGAACUCAUGUAAAUAUUUCAGAGAAAUCAUGAAAUAUUUAUUUUGAAAAUUAUUGUCCCCAAUUUACAUAAGAAGUGAAUGAAAUUGAUUUUGAAUAUUUGAUAAGUUUAUUCGACAAUUUUUUAAAUAUAAUUGAGGAAGCUACAAUGUUUGAUAUGACAGAUGAACUAUUAUUUUCUGCUCUGGGAUUGACAAUGGACACCAGCGUCGAAAGACAGCUAUUUUCGCCGAUCAAAACAAAUCUACCUAGCGAUUACGAAGUAUCGUGUACUCUGCUUAGCAACGAUUUUAGGACACACGAUAGUGAUCAACUGAACGCAGCAAAUCCAAUAGAUUGUUAUACCGACUUAUCUUGCUCUUUGCAAUCAUCUUGGAAUGAUUGGUCGACUACAAAUACGUCUACGUCAUCAAGUUGCUUAAGCGAAUUGAGCGAAUUAGAUUCGGAGCUAGAGUGGUGUCUAGAGAAGAGCUGGGACUCUGGUCUUCCAGAAAGAACACCAUUAUGCACCGCUGGGUGCGAAGGAUUUCUGCAUUUACCGCCUUUACCAAAUACACAACAGACGACACAAUACGAAGAACCGUUGCUAGUGCUCGGAAUCGAUUUACGAGCAUUGGAAAAUGAAUUUGGAACAAAUACGAUAGAUUAUAAUAAUAAUCAGUUAGAUGAAGAUUCUGUAAUUCCAACAACAGCUACCGCAGCAUUAGCAACGCACGAUUACACAAAUCGUAGUUUAGCAAACGCAGCCGAAGAUCGAUGCUUUCCAUGUACUUAUCAAGGCUGUGUAAAGGUCUAUGCUAAAGCUUCUCACUUAAAAGCUCAUUUACGGCGGCACACCGGCGAGAAGCCGUUCGCAUGCACCUGGACCGGUUGCGGAUGGCGUUUUAGUCGAUCAGACGAGUUGGCGAGGCAUCGACGAUCGCACUCGGGGAUUAAACCGUAUCCCUGCGAAAUGUGCUCGAAGAGAUUCGCGCGCAGCGAUCAUCUAGCCAAACAUCGUAAAGUGCACCGAAAAAACGCCUAUCCCUUGUUCCAUGGUGCUAGGGGACUACGAGGCGAUAAGAUAAACGUUUUACCAACGGAUUAAUUUAAGAUUUCACGUUUCCUAGAUUUUUUCCUAAUCAAUAAAGCUAGCAAAAACUUAUCAUUCUGUGUUAUGACUUAUAUAUAGCUUUUAUAUAAAUUGACAAGUACUUAAAAAUAGUUUCUUUAUAUAAAAAUAGUUAAUGUAGGAAUAACUUGCCGAAUAAAUGAUGUAAACUAAUAGUUCUUAACAUUUUCGGCAACUAAUAUUUCUUGGAUUUUAUAUUGAAAGAUAUAUUUUGUAAUCUCAAAGAAUUAAGAUACUAUUUGAAAUAGAUCAUUUGAAAAUUUAUAUUAAAAAUUUAAAGAGAGAUUAAUUCAAUUUAAUUAAUUCCAAGCAAGUUUUAUUAGUUAAAGUUAAGGCAGUUAAUGUUAUUGCGAUGAGAAACUUUUAUCGGCGUUGUAUAUAGAGUAAUAAUAAAUCUAACUACAAAUGCAUUA